UCAAUUGGUAAACCACCAAUACCAAUUUCCCCUUCGGCGUUGUAACAUGAAACUACGCUAUACUGUAAACUCACACAUUAUAAACCCCCAAAACCGGAUACACGUUGUAUUAUGUUAGAGAUAUACGUUUGGCAGCGCCAGUUCGGUUAUGGCAAUGAGUCAUUAGUUUUUAACGGGGAGAAGGAAAACCGACCUAUACACAGGCGCAAAGUAGCCUGGGCAGAGCUUUAAUAACUGCUUCCCCACCACAGUUAAGACUUUCAAGAUGGAUGCUUUCGCCUCGAUAGGUUUCUGUUUCUUUUUCCAAAGGGACUACGCAUGUGGUUGUUGCACACGCCUGGAAGCACGUUGAAGACUUAACACAUUUAAAUAUUUAAACGGAUUUAUUUUCUAUGAAACGAUAAAGUGGAUUUAAGUGGAUACAUUUGGCUUUACGUGUUCGGGCUGUCGGCUGUUUUGUAACUUCCUGGUUGUCGCAUUAACAUGUCAUUUGAAAUGCGGCAAAAGCGCAACCGAUUUGGACAGAAUUUAUGGAUACAGCGCACACACGGGACUUUAUAAUUUUAUUGUAAUGUUUAAAACCAGAGACUGCUGUUUUCCUCGAAGGACAAAGGGAGACGGGCAGAUUUCAUAAGUGUUCAGCAAUGGAAAGUGGAAAUGGUGGUGCCUCGAGUAAAGAUGUCUUAAUACCCGUGGAAGACGGUUCUGAUGUCUUUAAAAGCAAUAUUUUGGCUCCACUUCAAAGUGCGUACUUGUACGAGGAGUCGAAGCAAUGUUUCAGAUACAAGUCUGCUGUUUUGGUCAAGAAUCCAGUACUGGAAGAAAAGUAUAAUGCCUUCCGAGCAAAGAAAAGAGCAGUGGGAUAUUCGGAGGAGGAUCUGACAGAAACUUAUGGGUUUUUGCUGUUUGAUGGCCUCAAUGAGGCUCGUCUACUUGGAGAAACUGGUGUGGUCAGUGGAAACAGCACAUGCACAACUCUGGGCGAUCCCUCGAAGGGUGUUUACAUAUCAGUGUAUUCUGACUGUUUGGAUCUGAAUCGCUGGUAUCAUGGGAAAUCUGGUUACAUUGCCAUCAUUCGAUUGACAAAGGGCAGGGUUAAAAAAGUUUUAGAGAACUACACCCAGAAUUUCACAACACCCACUGGUGGUUUUGACUGUCAUGUGUCAGAAGAGUUGCCUUCAGUAUCUGCCAAAACCAGCUCCUUUCUUGCCUUUGAGAGAACCCAGUAUUACAUGUACGAGCUACUUGAGGAUGGAAGCAAUGAAACAGCUGAAUCGCCCAGUGCCACCUGCCCUUUUGCUAUUGUAUCAUUUUCAUAUACAGAUACUAAAGCAACACUUGUAGUACCACAAGAGAAAAGUGAGGAGAAAAAAUUGGUUUGUCAUUUUUUGACCUGGAAGGGUAAGCUCCAACUCGGCAGCCAGUUCUAUGAUGUUGGGCUGAGGUCUACAUCAAAGGCCUUGAUCACUGGGAAACUACCACCAGUGGUGAAAGUUGACCAAGUUAUUUCCAUGUGUGACCUGAGACAGCUGUUGCCAAGUGCAGUCUUUGAAACCUGUUUCCAUGAUGAAGUCUUUCUCAAUGGCUUAUACUGCAGUCUGUGUGAGUUGGUUCCUUCUGAGGCAGAAGAGACCAGUCUGUUCUCUCUGCUUCUGCAGGAGAUCAAGGACAAAGAUAUUGCUCUCCCUCUUCCACUGAAUGAUGGUGGUUUUCUUUUUCUGUUGCCUUCCUCCCAUUUCCUCACAUACGAUGAUACGGGUUCAAAUGCAGCUGAGGUCCUGCAAGGCAUGUUUGUGUUUCCAGACACACGACUUGUACAGAGAGACAUAAAAUGUGAACAGAAAAAGCCUGCCAUCUCAUUUGAAGUCCUUCAGGUUCUACCAUUACUAAGUUACGCAGAGGCUGAAGCAGAGAAAAUGCCCAUCAACCCAAGUGAAGAACUGUGUGAAGUUUUGGCACAGCAUAUGCAGAAUUAUGCAACACUGAUAAAUCCCAAACUGACAUUAAGUCCCUCUAGGGAAGUCAGCAUCUUUCCAUAUCAGUAUGAUGUGCCAGAUGCCCAUAAACACCUCUACUCAUCCACUGAGUGGACUAACAGGGCAUGGCAGAAUGUCAGGUCAUACCUGAAUAAACCAGUCUCUUUUCAGUUGCCAGUGUCCAGUGCUUUAGAAAUCCUGGCAACUGGACGAGAGGAGCGAAGUGAAGACCUUGAUGAGGAUGUCUACAUCUGUUUAUCAUCACCGGAGGAGGCACCAGCCAGUUCUUUUAAUACUGAGUCCAAAGACCAGUUGGCAGUUCAAGCAUUCCCUGUAAAUAUUGAGACAUCUUUGGACAGCAGGAUAAGUGCUGAAGAACAAGUUGAUGUAACCACUGAGCCUCAAAAUAUUGUACCAGUUGAUUUGCAAGCUGGACAUGCUACCAAAGAUGAUGAAAAAUCUGACCUGACUGUUCUGAUUAAAGCUGAUGAUAAAGGGGCAAAAGAUUUUCUGUCUUCCCCUGUAUCAGAUGAUCUUCCAGCAGAACUGAUUGUCAGUUUCACUUCAGCAGAGCGAAGUAUGACUGAUGACAGUGGUGUGGCAACAGCAAAGCAUAAUGACUUUCAUCUUUCUGGUUUUUCAUCAGUCAAAGAACAAGCAACAAGUGUGAGCUACCUAAAUGAUGAGACUGUCAGGGUCACAAAUGGAGAUUGCCCUGAGGCCACCAAUCUCACAAAAAUAAAACUGAGGAAACUGUCUAAGGGAUCUUCCAAAGGUCAGAAAAGGGCAUCUAAAGCUUGCCGUGAGACUCCCAGUUUGCAGUCAGUCAGGAUACCAGUGGAGGAUGACAUCUUUAUGAGUCAGAAUGAUGGCCUGACUAAGGAUUCAUCAGGUCACUCACAGCUGAGGAAACCUUUGAAUAUUGAUUGGAGGAAAUUAAGAAGGCGGAAACGCAUAUUUGGAAAACUUUCAUCAAAACAUAAGAAAAUGAGAUAUGCUGCUGUUGGUUUAGCAUCAGACCCCAGACAGCAAAGCUCGGAAAGCACAGUUUUAAAGGAACUUGAAGUUGGUCUUCUGAGAAAGAAAACUGAGCGCUGGGACAUACAGCCAGUUGUCAGCCAAUGUGGAAGAAUCUUAGUUCCUCAUGGAUUUGUGGAUGUUACUGAUCACAUUAAGUCUUUAAAGAAUAAGCUUGAAUCUACAAAAGAUGAACAGUAUACUGAAAAAAUGUUGGUUGAUGCCUCUGUGAAUACUCAUGACACUGUCAAACUGGAGCAAAAGUACAACACUGCUCCAAAGACAGCAGUGGACGAAACAGAGGUCACAACAUCCAAGGAUGGAGGGGACCAUUUUCAAAACACCGUGGUCAGUUAUGAUCAGUCAUGCCUUUUGAGGCAAUCAGGCAAUGGCAGUGAUUCGUUGCCUUCAUAUCCAGAUAAUAGUGAGCAUUGUUCAAAGAAUGAUUGUACAGGCGCUCCUCCCUCAGAAGCAGUUAAAGGAAAACACACUGAUACCUUCUCCCAAGGGAAGUGGGCAACAAAGGGUCAAUUACUGUUGAGUAAACUAAAAUCUGUUCUUUCAAGAGGAAAGAGAAAAACAGAUUUACCUCGGCCAGAAGGAAUAACUAAAGAUGUGGCCCAAGACGCUGAACCUUGUGUCAAGAAAAGUAAAGCUGACUCUGAUGCUGAGGCACUGAAGAGUAAUAAUGCUGCUUCAAGUGUCCAGGACACCAGUGUGGGUGUUAAGGAAGUUUCAAAGAUGCUAUCACUUGACCCUCUUUUUGCAUAUGCCCUAGGCCUGACCCCUAAAGAGAAAACUAAUGGUCAAGAUACUACAGUAAGGAAAGAGUCAUCAAGGACAAAAGACCAGAUUGUUUUGGACAAACAUCCUGAAGUCAUUCAAAGGCCUCCAUCAAUUUUCCCAAAAAGGGGAAGGGGAAGGGGUAGGAUUAAAACACUCAAAAACCAUCAAGGCAUCCCUGCAGAAUAUAUUAAAGAGAAAUGGUGGUUGCAUUUUCAAACCCCAGCUUGUUUUGCCACUGAAAAACUCAAAGACAAAGAGGGUACUAGGGAUAAUUCUGUCAGUAAGACUGUUAAGGAACAAAUGAACAGUGCUUGCUCAUCUACAGAUGCUUUGAACUUACUUGCUGACUUGGCACUCAGUGCCAGUAAUGACCAGGUUCCACCACAACCAGACCCAGCACUUGAGACAAGUUUGAAGAAGUGUGAUCUUACAAAAGCUGUCAGCAGUGCUGAACAAGAGUCAGUUCUUCAUUCUCUGCUUAAACAGCCUGCUGCUAGACCCAGCCAAGCUCUUGAGUCUCCUUCACCAAGUCCUCUUGUGGGAAGCAGUGAAUUAGUUGGUUUGAUAUUUAAGGAACAUUCUUACUCAUUGACCCCAUCUUCUUCUCUACUGUUGGAUUUACCAGGUACACCAUUCCAGGUAUUCCCUCUAAGUGGUUCUACCAGACUGCUGUACUAUCACCAGCAAUUGUAUGGGGAUGGAAUUCAAACGCUACAGCCCUCUGUCUGUCAGGAAGUCAGUGGUAAACGCAAUCACAGGACUCCAGAAUACCCAGAAAAACAUAUGGUCCAGAGGCAAAGGUUCGGACACUGUCACACUUUUGUUAAGAAGGAUGGCACUGUUCACGUCACAAGGCAAUGGAAAGAAAACUAUGACUUUAAUCUAGACAGCAAGUUUACAAGUGACUCAAAGGACAGAACUAUCAUCCGAGCCUUGCAUGGACCAUGGGAUUUCUCCAUUGAAGACACAGAUGAAGAGGUGCGGCUGAUUGUCCACAUGUGGAUAGGUCUCUUUUACAGUCGUUCAACAGCCAGGUUCUUUCAUGUUGACUCGAACUUUACACAUCCAUGUUCAGAAGGGAGUGAUUCUUUGGAAAUGCCCAACGAAGUGAGUUCAACCCCAUCUCAGUCUGAGCUCAUGGGCAGUUCAUUUGCUCCUUUCCCAAGUGUAUCAGACUCUUCAAAAGCUUUGGACCUUAGGAAAAAAGACGGUUCUUUCUUGGACCAAGGAUCUUCUGUUUUGGAUUUAUCCCUGAGAAGCUCUAAUUCAGAGACAAUCACCUCAGAUCUGCAGGCCAACAGGAUAGAGAUUCCUUUGUCUAGUGAACAGAAAAAAGCUAAUGACACAUUUAACACAUUCAAGUCAUCCUUGGGCCUACAGAAGGCAAGUGAAUUUCAGUGUCACAAAACGAUGCUAUACUCCACAGAGGUUGCCAGUAAUGUGAAUGAUGUCAAACACAUCAUUAUAACCGAGAAAACUUGUACUCCAUCACAAAACACUGGUUGCCUGGAACACACUGAUGUACCAUCCUGUAAAGAUGAUGGGUCAUUCAUUCCUUCACAAAAACAGAAGGAAAAUGCAACGAUUGAGCCACAAAAUGUUAAGACAACUUCAGUAACUGGCUUUGUUUUACAUGGAUCCAGCCAAGAGAAGGUGGCUAUGAAAGCUGCAACUGAAAAUUCAGAAUGUACAGAGACAGGUUUGGUGCAAAAGCCAGCAACGGAUUCAUCAAAAUCCAUAAUGGACAAAGAGACAGAGUCCUACAAAGAAGCAGAUAAGGUGGUUCAGAAAGUUGAGCUUGAAGAAAUUGAAUCCAAAGAUGGGGAAAAUUCAGAAGUGAAAGAAAAUCUAUCCAAAGAAUGGAAUAUAGAACCUUCUCCAGAAGUGAUCACUACAGUUGAUUCUACAAAGAAGGAAUUAAGUGUCAUCUGCAAUGGAAAUUGUUUAGAAAAUAAGAAGCAUGUAUCAAGUCAGGAACUUAAUGUGGUCUCUCCAGCCUGGUCUGUCUUGGCUGAAAAUGUUAAUGAAGAUAUGAAUUGUUGUACAGAACAUGAAGGCAAAAUGAUCACAGGUGACGAUCACUGUGGAAAAGAAGAUGGACUUGGUGAGAGAGAGAGAUGCAUUUCAUCUGUGGAAGCUGGCAGUGACUUGAGUGAUCAACCAUUGCCUAUGAUGCGCGACAGCCCUGAUUCAGUCAAAAAUGAUUGUAUUGCAUAUUGUAGUCACCGAGCACACGUUCAUGAGCAACCACCUCAAUCAAACUGUGAAGAAGAAGAAACCUACCAUGACUUUGAGCUACGAAAGCUCAGUGCAAAUGCACUGACAGAUGAAUGUGACAUUUCAGAAAAAAAUCUACACACUCUAUCAUUAAUGGAGCCUGUAUGUAGAGAACCUACCACUGAAGAAAUUCCAGAAAUUUUGAUUUUAACAGAUGAGGCACAUUGUCAGAAGGAAGCAUUAUCCAUUUCUGAUGAGAGCGCCUGUUCAUUAGAUGGGUCUUGUGUAGAUGGGUUUAUUCCCCAGACAAAAGACAGAGUGGAAACAGGAAGCCAAAAUAUGGUGAUGGCAAGCUUCAGUUUUGGUGUGAGUAGAGAUGUUCAUGAAGAUCAGGAAACCAGAUCAGUUGAGGGAAGGGAAAAACACUCUAUAAAAGAACAAUCUCAUCAUAAGUCUCAUUCACUACAGGAUAAGGAAAUAAAAAAAUGUGAAGCUGAAGAGACGAUGAUUACAGAAUCAGAUCUCAAAAUAAGCAAAACAAAUGAGGGAUUUGAGAAAAGUCAGGGUGGGGUUAUGAUUCCAUCUAUUGGAAUAGACAUCUCUGGAGAGAAUAUAGUACAAGCACAUGUCUCACACCAAGAGGGCAAGUUUGAAGAAAUUUUUCAUGGCCAAAAAGUAAUACCAUUUAUCGGUGAAACGACUUACCCUGACUUACCCACAGAACUAUGUAGUACAUUUCAGACGUAUAGUAAAAAGACAGAAUUGUGUGCUGGCACUCUUCUUGAUGCAAGUGAAACAAACAAGCCAGUAAUCUUGGGAGGUGAGUGUGAUGACAGAUGCCCUACACCAACUAUAGAUGAGAAGCCAUAUGUCAACAUAACCCAGAACUCUACUGGCAGUUGCUCAGCACCUGUACAAGAUGUGAUGUCCCCUGAGCAAAAGGUCUGUGAGGAGUCUACAGUUGGCUGCAAUGCCAACCCUCAUGGUGGUCUUCAUCCUGAUGUUGAACUAAGAACUCUGAGAGUUCUACAGAGUAUAAGCAAGUUCCUCUCCGAAGCAAACCAUACUGACAGACCCAAUCAGACUGAAACUGCUAAUACGAAGCAUUCUCUUGACCAAAACCCUAACCCCAACAAUUCCAUCCCGAUUUGCUUAUCUCCAAACCACACCUCAGCUGACUUGAAUGGCAAGAAAACAAGCAAUACAAAACCAGCAAUAGUGUCUGCCUCUACCUCACAAGAUCUGCAUACAGAAUCAUCAAAUCAUUUUCUCAUAUCACCUUUCAAGCGUAAAUUAGAACAAGUACUUGGUGUUGGUUUGAAGCUAAAGAAAACCAUCUCAUCAGUUCCUGAACACUAUUUUGAAAGAAUGGAUAAAUUAAAAGAAAUGUCUGUAGGGCAAGAUGAUUGUCAUUCCUAUGCAUCGUUUCCCCCUCCUGAGUGUUCGCAAGCUGUUAAACCAAAAAUGGACCAAUACAGACAUAACUCCACAUCACUGUCCAAUUUAAAUCUUGAACCCCAUUCAUGCAGUCAGCAUUCUGUCAUGGUUGUGAAACCAUCUAAUAGUGAUGAAAGUCGAGCACAAUAUAUAUCUGAAGAUGAACAAACUAAAAUCUCUCCCAAAAGUGAACAGAUUAAAAGUUCUAUGGUCACAUACACCACACCUACUUCUGUGCUCUUGGAGAAGACUGAAGGUUUCAAGGAAAACUGUGAAAGACUAAAUGAUGAUCAGAAAGUGGCCAGUGAGCUUUUUUCCAAAAGUAGCUGGUUAUCAAAUGUAAAUGCCAGUAGUAAAUCUAACUCGAAUAAGGGCAAAUCCACACAUCCAGAGCCAUCAUAUAAGUAUCAAAAAAGGAAAAUAUCAAAAUCCAACAAGACUGCCCUAUCUUCUCUCUCCAUGCAGUCAUUUCAAUCAGCAGAAAAUUCUUCUAAGCUUGUUCAUGGAAACAAAGGUUUCUUGACAUAUAGUUUAGUUGAGAAAGAUUACCAAACAACUGAAGAGAACAUUGAGUUGCAUCCAGAAGACUGCUCAGAUGCAUCAGCUUCAGUUUUGGAUUACAGAAAUAAAAGCAUAAUGCAUGACAGUGUCAUCCUGGGACCUCAAAGUUCACUUGUAUGUACAAUCUAUAACACCGACUCGAAGAAAUGUUUUUCUUUUCUGGAGCAGGUUUCUCAGAGGUGCUUACAAGAUGACCUAACUCAGGCAUCUAUGGACCAGGAACACCUUAUCUUCUCAGAACAAAUGAAACAGCUUCUGAAAAGGAGUAAGAGAGGACCCAUCUGCCAGCAGGAUGCCCGUGACAAAUUGCAGUUGCCUUCCUCUAGUCCUAUGACUGUGAACUUUUCCAGUAUAGAGGAUCACGAGGAGUUACUGGAUUUCUUGGAUGCACCCUCACUUGUUGGACAAAAAAUCAAAGUAGACAUGUCAGACAGAAAAGACCUGACACACACCACAGAGGAAAAAAAGGCUUUGCAUCCUCAAAAAUUAACUCCAGGAACAACCAGCCCUGUAGAACAAUCUGGAGUUUCUGCUGUGACUGCAGAAUGUGCCAGACUUUACAAGGCAAUGAUGAAUGAUGUUUGUGCUUUCAAAACCAUCCCAUAUGGAUCUAAGCACUUCAGAAUGGACAGAGGUUACCAAAAGGCUGAAUCAAGUAACCAUUUUGACUUCUGGGAUCAAAUAAAGAGAGAGAUGCAUGAGAGCUUCCAUAGUAAUCUGAAUUCACUGGUGAAGAAAUCCUGUAAAACAAGGUAUAGAUUCUACAUAUUAGUGACGUCAGAUGAUGCCUUCUUUGAAGAAACCAAGGCACAGUUGGAGGCAGAGGGCCAUACUGCUGUACAGCCAUCUGAGUUUUUUCUCAGUGAGAAAGGUUCGCCUCUACUCAUUAUCCUCAAGAAUGAAGACAUUGCAGGGCACAUUUGGGAGAUCCCACAUUUGCUCGAGCUGAAGAAGUCACCAGGAGUACACUUUGCUGGAAUCGAUCAACCUGAUGAUGUUGUAAAUCUCACCCAUCAGGAACUCUUCACCCAGGGUGGUUUUAUAAUGUUUGAUAGGGCAGCACUGGAGAAGCUCAGGAUCUGCAAUCUGAAAAAAAUCUCUGACAUCUUGCAAGAGCUAAGCAGAACAGGGAAGUGGAAAUGGAUGUUACACUACAGAGACAGUCGUCAGCUGAAAGAAAAUGCAAGGUUGAGUGCAGAGGCAAAGGAGAAGAAGCAGUUCAUAAACUGGUGUCAGGACACCGGAAUACUGGAGGUCUUGCCUUACCAUGAGUGUGAUCUCAUGUCAAAAGAUCAGCCUGACUAUCUGACAUGUUUGGUCCGCUUGCAGGUCCAGAACAUAUCAGCCCGUUAUUCUGUUUUUAUUACUGAUACAACAGACAGUGCAUUUGGGAGAAAUGGAAUUUUAACAAUGACUGUCAACUCUUUCCUCAUGAACUCUCCAAGCAAAAUGUUUACUGUCUGAUGACUGUUUUCAAGUAUACAACUGUCAAAAACUUACUGGAUUUGAGAAGAAACCAGUAAUUGACAAGUGAUGGCUUCAUUUUGUAUGUAGCAAUAAUUACUGGCUUGACAUGUUUUUGAUCCAUGUUCAGUUGUAAAUUUGUAAAGUAUUGUUCACUAAUAAGUACAUUGAAUAUUGGAAUUACUAUUAGACAGGAGUGUCCUACACACCGUAUGUCCUGUAUUGUGUUGUAUUUUUUAUUGUAACUUAUAUUAUAAACUUGUUCGAAGUAAUUUGUACAUUUUGUAUAUUUUGUUAGCAAUCUUGUAAUUCAGACUUUAUACAAUUGCAGCACAAUCAUUAGUAGUCCACUAGUGUAGUUUUAACUUUUUUUGGUCAGGAGACUGUUCACAAAGAGUUUUUGAUGAAUGUUAUUGUAGUACUUUAUCCAGGACUUGCUAAAUUAAGCUGCUUUCAAGUUGCGUGUUUCAUAUUAAAGUAUGAUGUUAUAAGCUAUUGUAGUGGUUGCUGCCAGUGUUUCCUAACUCUUGUAUUGUUUAAGUGCAGCUAUUUAGCAUUAUUACAAGAUGCUAAAAAUGUUUAAUUAUAUUAAUUCUAUACAGAACAAUAACUAGGAAUGAAGAGCUGUGUUUUGUUGUUUUGCUUGGGGAAAAAAAAAAAAAUCAAUGUUGGAUGAAGAAUCUGCACCCUGUUCCUGACUACUCGCGCUACACUUCAGGACAUGUUCCCAUUUACAGAACAACCUGAGACCCACAACAAAGAUAAAUGGCCUCCAUCUUGCUGUUAAAAAUGAAUGUUCUUCACUCAACAGAAAAAGAUUGUUAAAAUCAAUAUAUAAUUUUGGCAAAGAAAAUCAAGUUCAAUUUCAUCAGAGUGGCAUGCUUCAAAACUAAUGUUAUGUAUUCACAACUUUAAGUAAUUCUAGUCUUAAUUUACACUCAGCCUUGAUUUAGAAAUUAAACCUGGUAGUGACAGAAGAUGAAAAACUCAGUGAAGUUUUAGUGUGAGAUUUACUUCUCUAAAUAAAUAAAUAACUACGGUAUGCUUGAAAACAGUAGAAGGCCAUGGUUUUGUUAGUGAAUUUAUUUAGAUUUACUCCAGUAUUGCUUUAACAUGUGGGUUCUAGGGAAUAAAAAGGUAGUACUCUGAUACUGAAUGGUCAUGGCUUACCUGGUUAUAAUACAAAGCGAUAGUUGAGGAGUUUGUAGUGGGCCAUUGCUUCAAUAUUUAGUUACAUUUGCACUGAGCUGCACUUUAGAAUGGUACUAUAUACUUCUGCUGCUAAUAUGCUGUUGACCUGAUUAAGUCCUCCACAUCUUCAUUUUUAUUUGUUUAUAUUCAUAUAUUAACUGUACAAUUCUUGUGUUAUUUAUGUAAAUAAUGUGCCUUUUAAUCCGAGAGCUCCUGGAAGAAAUUUUGUUGUGCUAUG